AUGGACUGUACCUUCUUCUCUUCUUUAGUAUAUAUGUUUCGUGCCUGACUGUCAAAUUUGUGUGUCAAAUCGGAAGCUCAGUGAAAAACGCCCUUUUCGUGUGUUUAUAUUUAGAAUUUAGAUACUACUACAAUAGUAUUGAUAAUGGAAGAUAUUUUCCAGUGGUGCAAAGAAGGGAAUGCCCUACAAGUACGGGUCUGGCUCGAUGAACCCGAACACGAUAUGAAUCUAGGAGAUGAUCAUGGCUUCAGUCCACUACACUGGGCAGCAAUGAAGGGUCAUAAUAAAAUUGUAGAGAUGCUACUUUUGAGAGGGGCUAGAGUCAAUGCUACUAAUAGAGGAGAUGAUACUCCCUUACAUCUAGCAGCCGCACACGGGCAUAGGGAGAUUCUUAACAUGCUUCUGCGUCAACGUGCGGACGUUAACUUCACGAACGAGCAUGGAAAUUCGGCGUUGCAUUAUGCUUGUUUCUGGGGAUAUGCGGAAAUAGCCGAAGAUCUGGUGAAUCACGGCGCGAAAGUGGCGAUUGCAAAUAAGUACGGGGAGACGGCGCUCGACAAAUGCAGCGGCAGUUUGGCGAAGCAUUUCCACGAAAUGGCCGUGGAACAGGGACAGGAUUUGAAGAAGAUCACGUUCAAGGAUCAGAGUUGGCUAGGAAUGAAAACGAGAUCAAGAGACGCAACACUAUCAAGACACAAAGGCAUAAACUAUAAAGAGUUGGAUCUGAAGAAGAAGAUUGCCGAUACACACAGCGGUAUAACGUAUGUCGGCAGAUGGCAGAAUAAUGACAUUGUCGCGAAAAUCUUGAAGAUCCGCAACAUGACGCCGAGAAUCUCGAGGGACUUCAACGAAGAGUUUCCGAAGUUGAGGAUAUUCUCUCAUCCGAACGUAUUGCCCGUAAUCGGUUGCUGCAACGCGCCGAACAAUCUCAUCGUCAUCAGUCAAUAUUUACCGUUGGGAUCUCUCUACAAUGUUCUGCAUGAAGGUAGCGGAGGAAUCGUCGUGGACACAACGCAAGCGCUACACUUUGCGAUCGACAUCGCUCGCGGGAUGGCCUUUUUGCAUUCCUUGGAGCGAACCACGCCAGAAUAUUUCCUCAAUAGUAGACAUGUUAUGAUCGAUGAAGAUUUAACUGCCAGGAUCAACAUGGGUGAUGCUAAGUUUUCCUUCCAGGAGAAGGGUAGAAUUUACUACCCGGCUUGGAUGUCACCAGAAGCUCUGCAAAAGAAAAUCACAGACAGAAAUUGGGAAGCAUCCGAUAUGUGGAGUUAUGCCAUUUUGUUAUGGGAAUUGGCUACUAGGGAGGUGCCAUUUGCGGACCAGAGUCCUAUGGAGGUGGGGAUGAGGAUAGCGCUCGAAGGGUUGAGGAUAAGCAUAAAACCAGGCAUCUCGCAUCACAUGACCAAGCUGAUCAAUAUCUGUAUGAACGAGGACCCUGGUAAAAGGCCUACGUUCGAUAUGAUACUGCCCAUCCUCGAAAAAAUGACACGUUGAGAAUAUUUCAUCUAUAUUUGUUCGACUUGCCUCUCCUUAAGUGUUCAUAUGGGUGGGUUCUUAAUAUUUGACAUUGAAAUUUUAGAUCUAAAAUAGUCCAUACAUGUAAUAGAAACUCGAUUUAUCUCAUUACGAUUUGCAAUAUGUGUACGGAUAAACUUGUGCUGCAUCAUUUGUUAUGAAUUAUAUAUUCAUCAUAAAGUAUUUUUGUCUUGGAUUCGACUUCUUGAUAUUUGAUCUUGGGGUCCACGUUAUGUAGCGGUUUAAUAGUGAAUCCGCUAAACUUGGCUAUCGAGAGGUUCAUGCCUAGGGCGCUGGAAUGUUCAGCCUCAAAUUCGAUGUCCUCUAAGGCGUCAUCUUCAGAUUUGCUGAUAAGUAUCAGAUACAAUUCCCUUUUCUUCCCGCUGCUCAAAAUAUGUCAACACUGGGUCGACGACUGCGUUCCGUAAUAGUGGACGAAGAGGAAGACUUCCCGCAAUUGCGUUCAGCCUGACCGCUAAAGGUUGCAUUUUGAAGUCCUUAGCCACUUCGUCAUGUUGUUUGGCAAGUGUUCUGAUCGCCGAAGCUAUCAUACACUGCUUCCAUCUCUUCUCUUCGUCGUCGGUACGGUUUUUGCACUUAGCCUGAGGCUUCAUGAUCUUGUUUAUGGUUGAUUCUUCGAGCAGUUUUAUUGUCUGAUUCCCAGGUGAGGGGAGUACUGCUCUGUCACUCGUUCGAGACGCUGGUCCGUUCGCCGGUUCAAUCCAGCCGAGCAGACGACGUUUGUCGCUGAUCUGAUUUUGUGUUUUUCCCGAGAAGUGCGACAUCAAGAGUUUGUUAAUGAAUCUUUGUCCCGCAUGCACUUGAUUUAAUUGGCGUAGUUUCUGCUCCUAUUCCUCUAACCAAAUCUUUGACCUGACUCCAGCAUUCGUCUUCCUGGGAGCGGCUGCGUCUGCUAGCCGCUUCUGUUUCUGAUUGCCGGGUGUGCAUGUCGCUCAUGCAUCGAUAGGCCAACUUUGGCCGGGAAUGAUGAGGAGCAGUGAACCUAAUUCCGAACGGCAGUUUUUUGGUCAGGUGGUAAUCCCGUACAGCACUUAUCCAUUGCAUUGUUGCGUUUUCCCGUGGCAAUGCUCCGCUCACAGGGUUGGGACGCCCGGCGCGACUUUCAGGUCACGUUCUAAUGACCUGCCCUUUGAGGAGCUUUGACGUGGGUGCGCUGGUGUGGUGCGUUCUAGUCCUCAACGUCUUAAGAUAUAGCUAGUAGCUACCAACGUGCAGGUAGUACGAGCGCCACCCAACUGCUAUAUAAAAUUGUAUCCUAAUCCUUAGGGGAUACGAUAACGUACUUUUUAUUGGUGCAUGUGAGGGUAUUUAAUGUAUUACAUUUUGAUCUGUUGGGUUUUACCAAAAGAAACUAAUACUAUACAAAACCUACCCGAAGAAAUGCUUUCAUUGUAUUUAUUAUAGUUAUUUAUUAUGAGUGCCUUCUCAAGAUAUUGGUUGCCUUAAAAUGUGCUGUAACAUAGCUUAUAUUUUUAAUAACUGUUCACAGUAUAUAUGUAAGUAUAGUUCUGUGUAUAUAUUUUUAAUAUUGAACUAAUUCUGGUGCUUUUUUGUAUUUUAAUUUUAAUAUAAAAUAAACUGUUUUAAUACCAG